AUGGGCUCGCCUGGUCUUGCCUAUGGUUAUUCAGUUUUUUCACACACUCAAGAGUUGGAUAUACUUACUUGGAACACCAUGUUGAGAGGCCUUGUGAAUUCCAACAGGCCGAGAAGGGCACUCCAAAGUUACUUUGAGAUGCUUCAAUGGUCGAGAAAUGUUGCUGAUAGAUUCACAUUUCCUUCACUGCUGAAGGUUUGUUCCCUUUCAUUGGAACUCAAAGUUGGGAAGUAUAUGCUUGAUUCCGACCUGUACAUAGAAACCACAUUGUUAAAUAUGUAUGCAGCCUGUGGGGAUUUGAACUCUGCGAAGGUUUUGUUUGAGAAAAUGGGUCAUAGAAACGAAGUGGUUUGGACUUCGAUGAUUAGUGGUUGUACGAAAAACCAUUGUCCUAAUGAGGCAUUUCUUCUGUACGAGAAAAAUGGAGGAAGAUGGGUUUACCCCGAUGAAAUGACCAUGGCAACACUCGUACUAGCUUGUGCUCAAUUGAAAGGUUUGGGCGUUGGAAUGAAGCUGCAUUCUCGAAUUCCGGAGAUGGGUACGAGAAUUUGA